AAUCCCUGACACACAACGAAAAAAGGUUCCCAUUCAUCCACAGAAGAAGUCGAAGAAAAUAACAAGGAAGUGGAUUUGUUGAUUGUGGAUUUAGAGGUCUCCCCUCCAUCAACCCAAAAGCACAGCAGACACAUUUGUACCAGAAGAUGGUGAUGUUGACUUUGUCCCAAGGAUAGUGUCCCAGAUGAUUGUCAGGAGAGGAUGCCGUUUCUUGCCAGGGGAAACAACACCGUGACACGUGACGCUACAGCAACUCAGGACCAGCAGAACAAAACAGGGUCCUCAAAAGAAAAGGAAAAAUAUGUGCUGUAUACACAAUGCUGACUUUGGAAGAUAGCAAAGCAAAUAAAUAACAUUUCAUUAAUUCUAGGUUGAAGCACUUAAGAAGUCGAAGCCCUAGUUAGGAGGCAAACAAUGAACUUCAUGUCAACUUUUCUGACAUUUGAGAACCUCCAUGAGGUUCGGAGGUUGUGCCACUGGGGCCCAAUCAUUGCUCUGUCUGUCAUUGCCAUUUGCUCCACCAUGGCAAUUCUGGACUCUGUUAUCUGGUACUGGCCUCUGGAUACGACAGGAGGCAACAUUAACUUCAUUAUGCUCAUCAACUGGACCAUACUCAUCCUGUACAACUACUUCAAUGCUAUGUUUAUUGGACCUGGUUGCAUCCCGCUUGGUUGGAAACCGCUGCACACGAAUUAUGACAAAUUUCUAAAUUUGGCACAGGAGAAUCAACAGGACAUGCAAUACCUACAAUAUUGCAGGGUGUGCCAGGGAUACAAAGCCCCUCGAUCCCACCAUUGUCGCAAGUGUAACAGGUGUGUGAUGAAAAUGGACCACCACUGCCCCUGGAUCAACAACUGCUGUGGCCACCUGAACCACGCCUACUUCACCAGUUUCCUCCUACUGGCUCCUCUGGGCUGUUCCCACGCUGCCAUCAUCUUCAUCAUGACAAUGUACACACAGCUGUACGAAAGGAUAUCAUUUGGCUGGAGCACUGUGAAGAUCGACAUGAGUCCUGUGCAUCAGUUCCAGCCCAUCAUGCCCUUCAGUGUGCCCGCCUUUGCUGCAACACUCUUCGCUUUAGGCUUGGCACUGGGUACCACUAUUUCUGUCGGCAUGCUGUUUGUCAUACAGAUGAAAGUCAUCCUGCGAAAUAAGACCUCGAUUGAGUCAUGGAUCGAGGAAAAGGCCAAAGACAGGAUACAGCAUUACCAAACAGGGGAGGAAUUUAUCUUCCCCUACGACCUGGGCACUCGAUGGAUGAACUUCAAGCAAGUUUUCACCUGGUCAGGGAUGCCCAAGGGGGAUGGCAAGGAAUGGCCAGUCCAUCCCAAGUGUCACCAGCACACCUUAACUAUUGAGCAACUGAAGCAGAAAGUUGACAAGCGCGUGAGAAGUCAGGUCCAGUACCAGGCAGUGGAGGAUUAUAAUGGAGCCUGCUGCCCACUCAGCAAGGGUCUCCAAACUUUUUUCAGAACUCCCUGCACCGAGGAGCCCAGGAUUCCUCUGAGCAAGGGUGACAUCAUAUUAGCAACUCGUGGGACCAAAUGGUGGAUGUAUGGGGACAAGGUUUUAAGUGAGGCACAAAUGAGAGUGGGAGAGCGAGUACGUGGAUGGUUUCCGAGAAGAUGUGUGGAGAAGUGCCAUUAUGAUACAGCUGCCACUGAAAGCACCAGCGAAAAGAAAGUCAAUUAAUUCAUUUCGACUUCCUACAUUUCGAGCAACUGAAUUAAGUUGAGCAGAAGAUGUACAUCUCUGUUUAUCCGGCUGAAGAUGUCAUGCCUGAUGUAGCAGGCUACCCACUGACAUUUGCAUUACAAAUUCCAUCACAUUUCACAGCCGACCUAAUUUUGACUGAGCACUUUGCUGUCACAAACUUGAGGGUCGUUAGGAAGGACUGUGUUGCACCGGUUCCUCUCGACUCUUUGACCAAAAGUAAAAACUAGCAAGUCUUAAUUUUCAGUAAUUCAUUUGAUUUCUUUUCAAUUCCUUGACCUUCUUAAAACUAUAUUGUCUUACUGGUUGGUGUCCUUUUAUUGUGACUUAUGCAAUGCCUUUGCCCGGCCAAACACGGGGCUCCAUCAUGCAACUCUUUCUACAGAAAAGGUUUGAUUUCUUUUUGUUAUUUUUGUAAAAACUGUGGCCUGAGCGUUAUAAAUUAAAACUAAAUAUAAUCAAGAGUCA